AUGGGGGCUUGGAGAAGUGGUGGAGACACGAGUAAUAUAUGGACCUUGACAUCGAAUUGUAUUAGGGAAGCUGGUAGAGCGGUGUUAGGGGACAAAAAGGGUUUCUCCUGGGGCCACAAAGGUGACUGGUUAGCCAAGGUUCGUGAAAGCAAAGAUCGGGACCUGGACCAGGAGAGGUGCAUCAAAGAUGAGGAUGGCACGGUAUUGGUGGAAGAGGCGUGCAUUAGGCGCAGGUGGCAGGCAUACAUCCACAAACUCUUGAAUGAUGAUGGGGAUAGGGACAUCAUGAUUAUCGAGUUGGAGAAUUCAGAGAACCAGCGUGAUUUUAGGUUUUUUAGACGUAUUACGGUUGAGGAGGUUGAGGAGGUAAUGCGGAAGAUGAGUAAAGGUAGGGCGACUGGGCCAGACAAGAUCCCAGUAGAAUUAUGGAAGGCUGUGGGAUGGGUAGGCUUGGAGUGGCUUACUAGACUAUUUAAUGUCAUUUUUAGGACUAAGAAGAUGCCCGAAGAAUGGAGAUGGAGCUUUAUGGUCUUGUUUUACAUGGACAAGGGUGAUAUCCAAAAUUGUAAUAACUACAGGCGUAUCAAGCUACCGAGUCAUACUAUGAAAGUGUGGGAGAGGGUGGUGGAGAGGAGGGUGAGGAAGAGUGUGUCUAUUUUGGAGAAUUAG